AUGACAAUCCAUUCAUCUCAUUUGAAAUUAAAAAAUUUAUCAAAAGAUUCAAUUGAUUUUAAUUUAUUAUUAUUAGGUCCAAGUGGGAUAGGUAAAAAAACUUUUCUAUCGAAUUUGACAAAUAAAACGUCCAUUUUCAAUAAUAAUAUUCUUAACCAAGCUUUAGCUUCCAACUUAAUCAAAAAUAAUAAUGAACAUACUUUCCAAUAUUAUAAUUUACAAAUCGAAAAUAUGAUAAACAAUCAUGACUGUAACCUUUUAAUCAAUUUGAAUGCUUUUGUAUUGGAUACAAGCAAUAAAAUGAAUAAUUCCAAGACUGGUCAGAUAAUCAAACAGUUUAUCGAAUCGAAAUUUGAUGAUAUUUUGAAUAAUGAAAUAAAGAUUCAAAGGAAAACAACUUAUAACGAUAUAAAUGACAAUAGAAUCCAUCUUUGCAUAUAUUUCUUUGAUAGUAAAAAUUAUGGAAUCAGUGAAAUUGAUCUAAACAUAUUAUCUUACAUAAUCAAAUCCGUUAACAUUCUCUAUGUUAUUGGUAAAGCUGAUAAAAUAUUGAAUAAUAGUGACCACAACAAAGAACGACUAUUAUUACAUUUACAACAAAAAAUUAAUUUCCAACUUCAUUCUUUUAAUUUAUAUUCAUUUACAUUUGAUAAAAUUACCAUAAAUGACAUUUUCAUCUCCACUAAAGAACAAAAUAAGGAAGUAAACACAUCCAUGAAAUGUGAAGAAUAUCCACCCAAUAUUUUGAUUGAUAAUAUUCAACCUUUCCCAAUAAUUUGUGGCAACAUUAAAGAAAUGAUCCCUACUUCAAAUAAUAAAUUUUUUUGGAAAAGAAGCUAUUUAUUCAAAAAUAAAGAAGUUUAUAUAGAAGAUUUUGAAACAAGUUCCUUCAUUAUUUUAAAAAGUAUCAUAUUAGGAUCACAUUUACAGAUCUUUAAAGAUAUUACCAACAAUAGGAUCUACGAAUCCUAUAGAAGUCAAAUAUUGUUACAAAGAGCAGAAAUACAAUUACGAUUAAAUAAAAAUCAUUCAAAUCAAGACUUUGAUACAAUAAUUAGUACUAAUACUAUCAACAGUAAUUCUAAUUACACUCCCAGUCUUUAUAGUUUAAAGGAAAAAAAUAAAAUCAUUAAAGCAUACGAAGAAACAUUUAAUAAUGUUAAUAAAAUUAUUAAAGAUAAUAUUUCUUUUAAUGAAUAA